UCUCCCAAGUCUCGCGUCCGAAGCUCCAUUUCUCACUCCUCUUCACAAAAUUCCCCCACCGUCAAAUGUUAAAGACAAAGAUUCGACCGAUAUUCUCUCUUGCUUUCUAAUUGGCUUCUCAUUUUUUUUAAAAUUUAAACUAUUCUGUUAAGUAACUGCCCUUCAAGUCUCCUUCUCCAACUCUACUUCCGCUUCUUCGGUUCUUCUUCUCUGCACGCACUUUGUUGUAUAUCCGGCGUGUUCUUCUUCGGUUCUUCUUCGUUAGGGUUUUUGUAGUUUUAUUUGUUAUCCUCGUUGUUGCAAACUGCAAUGGCAUUUUAUUGAUUAAUGGCGGCGUGUUCUAGAGGUUUCGCGAGUUUCAAACACGGGAGAUUCGAGGUGUCCGUAUCUUCUUUUCCUUUGCGUUCUGCUGAUGGAUUUGUAUUGAGGAAUAGGAAGAAGAGGAAGGAUCGAGUUUCGACGAGUCGAUUUAGUUGCUGCUGCUCUGACUCGGUGGUUCCGAUUCGGAGAAGCGCCGGUACAUGUAAUAGCGUAGAGAAGGCCAAGGAAAAGAGGCAUCACCGUGUCCGAAUCCAAGCCACUCCUGCAUUGCACUUUGCUUCUCCUCCGCCUCAUUUUGCUUCAAAACAAGACAAAUUCAACCCCCGUUGCACCCCUAGAAAUUCCGGCCCACAGUCCCGUGACACUCCACCAAAAAGAGAUACUGGUAUUGCCAAUGAGAAAGACUGGGGAAUCAGCUUGUUAAACGAAAAAGUUAAUGAGACUGGCACCAGUGAAGAUGGCAGUACUUGGUAUCGAGAAGGUGGGGAAGACCUAGGCGAAAAUGGAUACCGAUGUAGAUGGACAAGGAUGGGUGGGCGAUCCCAUGAUGGUCCCUCAGAGUGGAAAGAAACUUGGUGGGAGAAAAGUGACUGGAGCGGAUACAAAGAGCUAGGUGUGGAGAAAUCUGGAAGCAAUGCUGAGGGUGAUUCAUGGUGGGAAACAUGGCAAGAGGUCCUCCAUCAAGAUAAAUGGAGUAAUUUAGCUAGAAUAGAGAGGAAUGCACAGAAACAAGCGAAAUCUGGCACUGAAAAUGCUGGAUGGUAUGAGAAAUGGUGGGAAAAGUAUGAUGCUAAAGGCUGGACCGAGAAAGGUGCACAUAAGUAUGGUAGACUAAAUGAGCAGUCAUGGUGGGAAAAGUGGGGGGAGCAUUAUGACGGAGGAGGAUCAGUUCUCAAAUGGACUGACAAAUGGGCUGAGACCGAAUUGGGAACCAAAUGGGGAGACAAGUGGGAAGAGAAGUUCUUUGCUGGCAUAGGUUCUCGUCAAGGGGAGACAUGGCAUGUAGCUCCCAGUGGUGAACGUUGGUCAAGGACAUGGGGGGAAGAACAUUUCGGAAAUGGUAAAGUUCACAAGUAUGGGAAGAGCACAACAGGUGAAAGCUGGGAUAUUGUUGUGGAUGAAGAAACCUAUCAUGAGGCUGGACCUCAUUAUGGAUGGGCUGAUGUGGUGGGUGAUUCAGGCCAAUUACUAUCCAUCCAACCCCGUGAGAGGCCACCUGGUGUCUACCCUAAUAUUGAUUUCAGGUCAUCGCCUCCAUCUCCCGACGACGACCCACCAAGCACGCUUCCCCCUGCUUAAUGAAGGGUUGAGUAUCAUGUUCCACUAUUUUGCUUUGGCAGUUUAUAAUAUUCUCUCAUUUUGUAAUUGGAACAUUCUGAAUUAUUGUUUGAUUUAUUCAUUUUUUCCAUAUUCAUGCAUAUGAUGUUGAGCUUGGAGACAUCAAUUUGCCCCCAAGCCACCUAUGCUAUUCAACAUCGGCAAUGUUAGAAAUGGCAAAACCAUCGUGUUAAAAGUUU